AUGGCGAAACCACCGACGCCCAAGCAGCGUCAGAUCUUCCUGGCGUGUAGACCCAUUUUCAGCGGUCGAAAGGCAGCGAUUCGCAAUGUCAAAGCCAUCAGAGCACACCUACAAGCCCAUGAGUCUGCUUUGGAGACGCUCAUCCCCUACUACCGCAUGCACCACGUCCUACCGAUUGUCAAGUUCCUGGUGGAGAAGGGCGUCUUCGACUCAGACACAAAGGCCCAAGCCUUCUUUCCCGAUCUCCAACCCGAAGAGCUCGAUGCACCUCUUCCCCUGCCUGGAGAAUCCUCCGCUGACACUCCGAACCGCCACAACAAGGAAAAGGGGAUGGAAAAAGAUGACGACCUUCCUGGGUCUUCAGCAGCCACUCCAGCAACCUUGCCGACCGGGCAGACAAGCGUCGGCCUCCCCCAGGGGCAGAGAGCCGAACAGAGUGACGAUUCAGACCCGCCAUCUCCCACCGAAACACCAAUGGCCCCGCCAAUGCGCCUCUGUCUGCCCUACAAGACUCAGCAUCGAAUUCUAACGACUGUCCAGCGCGUCCUGGAAGAGAGCAUCUUCGAGUUCCUCCAGAUGUGGCUUUACCUCGAGCUUGCAAGCGAAGGUUGGGACUGCCCCGAAGCCAUCGAGCUGACGACGGGAAUGCGAUUCCUGAAGAAAUGGCGCACGCGCCUUUCGAAAGAUGCGUUCUGCUUCGUCAACUACGACUUGGACGCGGUCUUCCAGGCAGUGGCCCCCAUCCGCCACGCGGCAGUGCAUCGACAACACAAAACAAUUCAAGGAAUCUGCGACUGCAUUGCUGCCGCGCAGCAGCUGACCGAGAUCCUGCAAGAUCAAACGCGCACCCUCCAGCUCCACGAGCUACACUGGCAUGUGCAAGGCCAAAUCCCCGCGCUCGCAGUCAGCGAAAAGCUACUCCAAAAUGUGGAAGCGCAGUGCGCGCAGAUGGGGAAGGAGGGGGUGAAUCUACGGGCUCAGGCCAUUGCCGAUGAGCGAAAAGGUCGACGGAUGAUCGGCAUUCUUCUGGAGACUUUGAUGGAGAAGAUUUUUGUGAAUGAUCGGAUUGGAUUGGAGUAUGGCCGAGAUGGCCGUGGUACAAAUAUCGAGGGUGUAUCCUUCGCAUACACCGCGCAUGUAGGGGAGCAGCAUUGGCAGCCUGUUGAGGAGUGGUCGCAGCCUCGCGACUUUUUGUAUUAA